AUGAAGUCAUCUUUGGUUCCAUACUGCCUGCUCAGCUGCAGUUCUGUACUGGUCUCUGCCAUCGACCUGCCAUUCCAAACAUACCCCGACUGUGUCAACGGCCCUCUAGCCAGUCUUAAAGUCUGCGAUGUCACCCUAUCACCGCCACAACGCGCCGCCGCCCUCGUGGCUGCCAUGACGACCGAGGAAAAACUUCAGAAUCUCGUCAGCAAGUCCAAAGGUGCACCCCGUAUCGGCCUCCCAGCCUACAACUGGUGGAGCGAGGCUCUCCAUGGGGUGGCAUAUGCACCAGGAACACAAUUCUGGAGUGGCGAUGGCCCCUUUAACGCGUCCACCUCAUUUCCCAUGCCCCUUCUAAUGGCGGCGACAUUCGACGACGAACUCAUAGAAAAAGUCGGCGAGGUCAUCGGCACCGAGGGUCGGGCCUUUGGAAACGCCGGUUUUUCCGGCUUCGACUACUGGACUCCCAAUGUCAACCCCUUCAAAGACCCACGUUGGGGUCGUGGCUCAGAGACGCCCGGCGAGGACAUUCUACGCAUCAAACGCUACGCUGCAUCCAUGAUCCGAGGACUUCAAGGCCCUGCGCGAGAACGCAGGGUCGUGGCUACCUGCAAGCACUACGCCGCCAACGACUUUGAGGACUGGAACGGCUCGACCCGGCAUGACUUCAAUGCCAAGGUCACGCUGCAGGAUCUGGCCGAGUACUACUUGUCGCCCUUCCAACAAUGUGCACGGGACUCCAAGGUUGGAUCCAUCAUGUGUUCUUACAACGCUGUCAAUGGGGUGCCAGCCUGCGCAAACACGUACCUGAUGCAAACGAUUCUCCGGGAGCAUUGGAACUGGACCGCGCCCGGUAACUACAUUACCAGUGAUUGCGAGGCCGUCUUGGAUAUUUCGGCAAAUCAUCACUACGCCGAAACAAACGCAGAGGGUACAGCUUUGGCCUUUGAGGCUGGCAUAGAUAGCAGCUGCGAGUACGAGUCCUCCUCGGACAUUCCCGGCGCCUGGACUCAAGGUCUGUUGGAGCAGUCGACGGUUGACAGAGCUCUGAAGCGGAUUUAUGAGGGUCUCGUGCGAGUAGGCUACUUUGACGGCAACCACUCAGAAUAUGCAUCACUCGGCUGGAAGGAUGUCAACAGUCCAAAGUCACAGGAGGUGGCGCUUCAGGCUGCUGUAGAGGGCAUUGUCCUGUUGAAGAACGACAAGACUCUCCCUCUGGAUCUCAGGACCGACCCCAAGUCGAAACUGGCCAUGAUUGGGUUCUGGGCCAAUGACCCAAAGACUUUGUCAGGCGGGUAUUCCGGAAAACCGGCAUUUGAGCACUCACCAGUCUACGCAGCUCAAGCAAUGGGCUUCAGUGUCACUACAGCGGGCGGGCCAGUUCUUCAAAACAGCACAAGCAAUGACACAUGGACCCAGGCCGCUUUAGAAGCAGCAAAAGACGCCAACUACAUCCUGUAUUUCGGCGGCCAGGACACCUCAGCAGCAGGCGAGACAAAGGACAGGACGACCAUAAACUGGCCCGAAGCCCAACUCCAGCUCAUCACGACCCUGAGCAAACUGGGCAAACCACUUGUCGUGGUGCAAAUGGGCGACCAGCUAGACAACACCCCACUUCUUGCUGCAAAAGCAGUCAACGCUAUUCUCUGGGCCAACUGGCUAGGUCAAGACGGCGGAACAGCGGUCAUGCAAAUCCUCACGGGCCUCAAGAAUCCCGCUGGACGUUUGCCCGUGACGCAGUACCCUGCCAACUACACGGCCGCGGUGCCCAUGACAGAUAUGAACCUCCGGCCUUCCGACAAGCUACCAGGGCGGACUUACAGGUGGUAUCCCACGGCGGUCCAACCGUUUGGUUUUGGACUGCACUAUACCACAUUCCAAACCAAGAUUGCCGUCCCCUUGCCGCGUUUGGCCAUCCAGGACCUUCUUUCACGCUGUGGUGGUGAUAAUGCCAAUGCCUAUCCUGACACCUGUGCCCUUCCACCGUUGAAAGUGGAAGUCACCAACUCCGGGAACCGGUCGUCGGACUAUGUGGUACUGGCCUUUUUGGCAGGAGACGUGGGUCCUAAGCCCUACCCUAUCAAGACACUUGUGUCGUACACGCGGCUGCGUGAUCUCUCUCCCGGGCACAAGACAACGGCACAUUUGAAGUGGACACUGGGAGAUAUUGCGCGCUAUGAUGAACAAGGAAAUACCGUUUUGUAUCCGGGGACAUAUACGGUUACUGUGGAUGAGCCGGCGCAAGCGAGUGCGAGGUUUGUGGUUGAGGGCGAGGCGGUUGUUUUGGAUCGGUGGCCUGCUCCGAGUGGUUAG